AUGUACAGCACAUCCAUAUAUGCAGACAAUCAAUGGAUUCAGGAUUAUAAGCCACAUAUGGGGACUUAUCAUACUAAGUAUCCAAAAUAUAAUUUCGCGGACAGCCCUUAUGAAAUGGACAGUCUGUACGAUGUGUUGACUAUGUUUGGAAAGUUUCAUUGGGCGGACAGUUAUGUGAUUCUGUACAGAGAGAGACCUGACAUCACGUAUUGCUGGACAAACCACGAUGAGUUUUGGACUGAUUGCUACAAAUCAAGGCGUUUACUAAUCAGUUGUCCAGUGGUUCCCGACACUGGACUCAAAGCCUUUCACUGGAUUUUAUUAGGUUUACUAAUUUUGGUGCUCAUUGUGGUCGUAGUGAUCAUCGCAUACAUGAGUGUUAUGUUCACACUAUUAGUGGCGUUCAGUGUCUGUAGUAAUGGUGCCGAACAGACGAACUACGAGUACUACACGUCCGGUGGUAUCAAAUCGGGUCUGAGGGCCGACUCCGUAGACUUCACUCUCAACGGAAAGAAAAUCACUUUAUUUAGCGGUUCUUUGCAUUACUUCCGAUUACCGAAAGGCUAUUGGAAGGACAGGCUGUUAAAGUUCAGGGCCGCCGGACUUAACACCGUACAAACCUACUCCCCCUGGAACCUUCACGAGCCAAUCCCGGGUCAGUUUGACUUCGAGACCGGUUUCUUGAAUUUUGUUGAUUUCUUGAAGGCCUGCAAAGAGGCGGAUAUGUUUGUGGUGUACCGUCCGGGCCCUUACAUAUGCGCUGAAUGGGAAUUGGGUGGAUACCCGGCUUGGUUUCUAAGGGACCCUAACAUCAGAUUUAGGUCC